AUGAGUGCAGGAACUGCGACCAAAUACUGCACUGAAAAUGGCACAUGGUACUUCAGCCUCCAGCACGGGCAUCUCUGGACCAACUAUUCCCAAUGCAUCACGGGAAGGACAUCAGAUAGCCUCACUAUACUGGAGCCUCACCUUCCAAACAUCAAGCUAAUCUCAAAGGUUGGAUACACCGUAUCUUUGGUCAGCCUUUUCAUCGCUUUCAUCAUCCUGGCUUCAGUGAAGAGGUUACGCUGCCCCCGAAACAACCUGCACCUGCACCUCUUCAUGUCUUUCAUCUUUCGCGCACUCGCCGUGCUCGUUAAAGACGCCAUCUUUGUCGACGGAGUGGGACUCAGCCCAGACAUGGACUUCAAUCAGAAUAACGUGGUGUGCAAGGUGUUCACCAGCUUCUGGCAUUACGUGCUCAUGGCCAACUACUGCUGGAUUCUCAUGGAGGGUCUCUACCUGCACAGCCUUGUCUUCCUCGCCUUCUUCACGGACAGCUCUAGCAUACUGCGAUACAUCGCCCUUGGAUGGGGGCUGCCUGUGAUUUUCUUGGUACCCUGGAUUAUUGUGAGGGCAACGCUGGAGGAUAUAUUGUGCUGGACAACAAAUGCUACAAAGUCCUAUUUUUGGAUAAUCAGAGGACCGAUCACCAUCUCUAUUAUGGUCAGCUUUGUCCUCUUCAUAAACAUCACACGAGUACUCUUCGUUAAGCUCUUCACGACAGGCACUCAAGAGGCACGUAAAUACCGAUACAGGAAGUGGUUCAAGUCUACCUUGGUGCUGGUGCCUCUGUUUGGCGCCCACUACGCACUGCUGCUGGGCAUGUCCCUAGCUGCUGCCGGAGACAUGCUGGAGCUCGUCUGGCUGUACAUCGACCAGCUUUUCUCGUCUUUUCAGGGCUUUCUAGUGGCGACGCUUUACUGCUUCUUGAACAUGGAGGCGCCUCCUGCGAUGUGCCUGCUAUCCAACCUACGGACCUGGAAAUCUAGCUUCUGCACUUCACCGUUUGCCAGAGAACGCACUUGA